AUGGGCUUUGAUGAUCUAAAUAUUUCAGCUAUUCUUAGUGUAAUAUGCUUUCCUGGUUACCCCCACAAGUGCCCAAAGUUGCGGAUCGUACAUGAAAAAAACUUGUCUAAAGAAGAUGCAGAUCAGCUACUUUCGCUUCUUGUUGAUCAGGCAAACAUUUAUUCCCGAGAAGGACGUGUUAUGAUUUUCAAUUUGUUUGAGGCUGCGCAAGAGUUUCUGUCUGAGAUUGCUCCAGCACAUGUUUCAGUGAGCACUGCUUCUUUCUUGAGUUUGAGCUCAACUACCGAUGAAGAUGUGGAAGUUAGCCUUGACAGUGAUCCUUACCCUGGAAUCUCUUACGUAUAUAACUCCUUCGAUCUAUAUAGUCAGUUAUAUGAUGAUACUUGCUGGAGUCGCCAAGGUCCAGAUCUGACAACAGAUAGUGGCAGGAAAAAUAUUGUAUCUCAAGUUCAAUCUAAUAUUAGAAGCAAGAGGAAGACCAUCAUUGAAAAAUCCCAUGUCUCAGCUGAUAAGGUCAAUAAUGCUAAAGGCUCAUCUGGUGAUAAAGCUGAACAGCAACAUGCCACAAAGCAUGGUGCCAUACGGGAGGCAGCUCCAACUUUACAUGUUGUGGAUGAGGAAACUGAAACUGAAACCAAAACUUUGUCUGCUAGCAAUACAGGAAAUACAUCAGAUACUCCUGAAACGGGUUUUAGCAGUCUAAAUGAACCCGAGAUCUCUUCAGAGUGCUCUCUAUUUUGGAGACCUGAUAAUUCAUCAUCUAGGCCGAAUUCCCGUUAUUUGAAUGAUUUUGAGGAGCUCCGUUCACUUGGUCAGGGGGGCUUUGGUUGUGUUGCAUUAUGCAAAAACAAGCUAGAUGGGCGCCAAUAUGCUUUUAAAAAGAUACGCCUGAAGGAUAGAAGUCCUCAAGUGAAUGAGAAGAUUUUAAGAGAGGUAGCCACACUUUCAAGAUUGCAACAUCAACAUGUUGUCCGCUAUUACCAGGCAUGGAUUGAAACUGAAUACGGUCAUCAUAAUAUUUUGAAUGCUGGUGGGUCCCGCACUGCUGAGAGCUCUAUCUUUAGUUAUGAUGAAGUCAGCCUAUCGGAUGCAGGUGGUGGGAAUAAGCAGGAAUCCACAUACUUGUACAUUCAAAUGGAGUAUUGUCCUAGGACUUUGCGGCAGGAUUUUGAGACAUACAUCUCAUCUUUUGAUGUUGACCAUGCCUGGCACCUGUUUCGACAAAUUGUGGAAGGUCUAGCUCAUGUCCAUAGUCAAGGAAUCCUACACAGAGACCUGACGCCCAGCAACAUAUUUUUUGAUGUCCGCAAUGAUAUUAAAAUUGGAGAUUUUGGUCUAGGUAUGAUGUCCAGAACUGUCAUAUAUUUUCAAUCUCCAUCAUAG